UAAUACCUGACUUACGCAUACUAUUUUCUGAGAUUCUGAUAUUCAUAUUCCUUUUUGUUUUUUCGUUCAAUCCGUGACAAUGACCAUCCAUCCACUGUCGAAGAUCACUCCAAGCAGUGAAUGUUGGAGGAUCAUGGUUCGUGUCGUGCGAUUGUAUACUUUACCCGCUUAUAAUGAUGAGAGGACUACAAAUUCCAUUGAAAUGGUGUUCAUGGAUGAACAUGGAACUACGAUGCAUGCCACUGUCCGGAGAAGUUUGGUUGGAACUUUUGAGAAGCGAAUAAAGGAAGGGUAUGUGUAUGUCUUUGCCUAUUUUGGCAUCGGCAUUAGUAGUGGAAAUUAUCGGACCUCUCGACAUGAGUUCAGGCUGAAUUUCCAACCAAGAACCACUGUAACUGCAUGUAGCUGUGAGAGAAUACCUGUGCAUGGUCUUAAGUUGACUACUAUUUCAGAAAUAUUGCAGGCAGACUCAAACUACCCGUAUUUAGUUGACACUAUGGGGGUCCUAACUGCUGUGGGCAAGCAAAAAGAAAUUGUUAAAGAGUCCAAAAAGACAAAGAUGAUUUAUGCAAAGGUGAAAACGUAUCAAGGAAAUAUAAAUUUGCAGAAUGUCAUGUACGGAACGCGUCUCCUGUUAAAUCCUGAAAUAGAAGAGGUUGUUGCAUUCAGACAAAGGAUUGUUGGUGUGCCAACGAACCGUCGACCUCUUGAGUUGCCCUGUGAUGACAUGACAGUCGUGCAGCAAAAUGAAUUUUUGGAUGCCACGCGAAUGACGACAAUCUCUUUGCUGAAGGAUGGUAGUGAGGAUGGUACCUAUAUAGUGUACGCCACUGUUGUUUCUGUGAACAAUGUUGGGGAUUGGUUUUAUUUGGCUUGCAAGUGUAAUAGGGCUGUGAAAGCUGAUGUGGAUGAGGAAUUUCUUAAACUUACUAAGGCUGCAACAAUAGAUACAUUGAAAGAUUGUAUUGAGGACGGUGAAUAUGCAGUAUACGGUACGAUCAAGGAUGUUGAUUCUGAUUGGUUUAUAACAGUGUGUAGGUGUGGGUCCGAAGUGGUCCCACGCGGUGGAUCCUACUAUUGUAAUGAGUGUAAGAGACGAGUGAUGAAUCUGAUCCCAAGGUAUCGAAUCAAGACAAGAGUUGUCGACACCACGGACAGUGCUACUUCCGUAGUACUUGAAAGCGUUGCAUGCUUGCUCCUCCACAAAUCAUGUUCAGAGAUGUUGAAAUAUUCUGAGUUAUGGAUAAAUAUGUGAUUAUAACAGCUCAUCUUACACCUGUUUUAAAACCAAAUUUAAAUUCUUUGACACAUGUUGAGAAUCUGCCGAGUGGAGACAUAAAACCCGAUGUCUUUAAUAAACUCUUGAUAGAUAA